CAGUAAAAGCAGCUAGAUUUGGGGAUGAGCAAGCGGAGUUAAUCGUGACGUCAAUAUUCAAAAGCAGUAAUCACUCGAAAGGUAAUCAUCUCAAAGGUGAUUUGUUCAGUCUGACAAACUGCGAUGAUGAGUCACAUACAACAACCACCUGCGGUCGUUAUAUGCAGCCUAUUGGCCAGAACACAUGGGUGGUGUUCUCCGAGAAGAACGCCGACAAAUAUCUUUCGUGGAUAGUGUAUAUCACCGAGACGUUCUAUCAGCUACUCAAAGCAUUGUACGAUGAAUGUUGCAAAAACUGUACGUCGCCCGGUUCCAAAUGCAACGGUAAGGUAUGUCCCAAAACAUGUCCUACAUUGCAGAAAGGUAAACAACCUGUCACUCAUAAAGACGAAUGUAAAUCCAUAGCCGAUUGCCCGUUCACUCGUCCCACAUUGGCGAGGUAUGGAUUCGUAUUUCAGAGUGCGUACAACCUAAGCGGUGCGAACGACGUACAAGGAAAGCGCACAUGUGCAGAUUUAUGCAACGCACUGAAACGUGUAGUCAGUGACGUGAAAGACGAGAAUGAUGUGCUUGCCAAGUUAGUCUAUGAAACAAUUCCAGAAUUCAUAUGGAAAAUCCGUGAACCCUUCUCCUACCUUGUCCUAGCCCUCUGGCUCCUCUCUCUGUUGUACCUCCUCCACAUCAUGGUCAUCCGCCUAGACCUGCUCCACAUCAAAUCGCAUCUACAUAGUCCAUCAUCGCAUCGUAUCGCUGCUCAAUCACUACUUGCUGCUGGACGUGUUAACAAACUGGGCAGGGUGUUUUAUCUGCAACCUUAG